AUGGCGGGGCAGCUGGAGCCGACGCGGUCCAUUGGAGACUUCGAUGUUAAAGAUCGUUUGCCUCCUCGAGCUUUGUCAAUAGAACCUGAGAUCGGAGUUUAUUCCAUUUCUUCGCUUUUUGCUGCUGCUGCUGCUCCUGCUGCUGCUGCUGCGGCGGCUCCUGCGGCCGCGGUGGGUGCCGCAGCAGGCGCUACUGCUGCAGCACCUCCCGGCGCCGCUGCAGCAUCAGCCCCUGCUGCAGCAGCGGCAGCAGCGCCUGCUGCAGCAGCAGCAGCAGCAGCACAGGCGGGCUCUCCCAACUGCGGGCUGCUGCUGCUGGCAACUGAUGGAGUUUGGGACUUUGUGCAGCCGCAGGAAAUUCUAAAGUGUCUGCAGCAAAUAAAACCCCUGUGGCGCGCGCUGGAGACUGCAGCAAAACGCGAGACGGAGCUGCUGCUGCAGCAGCAAAAGGCGCAGCAGCAGCAGCAGCAGCAGCUCGUGAUGCAGCAGCAGCAGCAGCAACACCAGCAGCAGCUCCUGGUGCAGCAGCAACAGCUGCAGCAGCAGCUGCAGCAGCUGCCAGCAGCAAGCAUUGGGCGCAGAGUCUCGAGUGCUGGAGACUUUACUUCAUUCCUUCGCUCCUCGCUGGGCAGCAACAGCAGCAGCAACAGGCUGCUGCAGCCUCCCCCGCAGCAGCAGCAGCAGCAGCAGCAGCAAGCGCAGCAGCAGCAGGCGCAGCAGCCGCCAGUGCUGCAGCAACCGCCAGUGCUGCAGCAACCGCCAGUGCUGCAGCAGCAGCAGCAGCAGCCAGUGCUGCAGCAGCAGCAGCAGCAGCAAUCCAUUCCUUCUGGACUCAAACGCAUUACGAGCUGGAGGCGGCUGCUGCCGUCGCAGAGCCACGGGUCGCAGCUGAGCAGCAGCAGCAGCAGCAGCAACCUGAGCAGCAGCAGCCCGAGCGCAGCAGCAGCAGCAGCAGCAGCAGCAGCAGCAGGAGGCUCCCCGACCUCCAGUUUGGGGCGCCUGGGGUACUGGAAUUCGUCAGCGGGCUCGCUGCACCGCGCUGCUGCUGCUGCUGCUGCUGCUUUCGAACCCCCAACAGCAGCAACACUGACGCAGCUCUGCAGCACAAUUGUUAAAAAAGCUAGAAAGAAUGGGUCAACAGAUGACUGCAGCUGCAUUGCUGCUUUUAUUUAUGCUGUGGGGAGCGAGGAAGCAGCAACAGCAACAGCAGCAGCAACAGCAGCAGCAGCAAACGCUGCGGCUGCGGAGGUCACCGCUGCGGCUGCAGCAGCAAAUGCUGCAGCAGCAGCAGCAGCAGCAAGGCCCGGAAGAGCUCGCGGGGAUAAUGAUCCCCUGUGGCAGGCAGAAGAGGCAUGA